AUGGGCUCCAUCACACCCGAGCCUCCCAUCACCGACACAGACACCAGCAUUGACACCAACAAUCCUCAAUCAAUAUUCCACGUCGUCCACUUCCGCUUCUACGCCCACAUCCCCGCGUCAACGCGCGCCGACAUCUCGCACCAGUUCCUGGCGCUGCAGACGCGGUGCCUGUCCCCGCGCACACGCAAGCCCUACAUCCGCUCCUUCACGGGCGGCCGCGACGUCAGCGUCGAGGACCUGCACAAGGGCUUCCACGCCGUCUUCGUGCUCGAGUUCGCCUCCCAGCACGAUCGCGACUGGUAUGUCCGCGAGGACCCCGUGCAUCACAGCUUCGGGGUCGACGCGUUGACGGGCGUCGUGGAGGAGGUCAUGGUGGUGGAUUUUCGGAGAGGCGAGUUUUGA